AUGAAGCUGCUUUCUCUUCUUUUCGCUUCGGCGAGUGUUGUCCAAGCUGCCCUGAAAUGGCAGAAUGUUCGCAUGGGCGGCGGUGGUGGCUUUGUGCCCGGCAUUGAGUUCCACCCUAAUGCCAAGGGCGUCGCUUAUGCCAGGACAGAUAUUGGAGGACUGUAUCGUCUCAACCCGGAUGACUCCUGGACUCCUAUAACUGAUAACACUGCUACGGACUCGACAUGGAACCGCUGGGGCAUCGAUGCCGUGGCUUUGGAUGCUAACAAUCCGAACAAGGUUCUCACAGCAGUUGGCAUGUAUACAAGCAACUGGGACCCAAACAAUGGAGCCAUCGGUAUCAGCAACGACAAAGGCGCAACAUGGUCCUUCACCGAACUCCCCUUCAAAGUCGGUGGCAACAUGCCUGGUCGCGGAAUGGGUGAGCGACUCGCCGUUGACCCCAAGAACUCCAAUAUCAUUUACUUUGGUGCCCGCAGCGGCAACGGUCUUUGGAGGAGCACAGACGCUGGCAAGAGUUUCUCCAAAGUCACUUCCUUCACCAAUGUGGGCACUUACAUCCCUGACCCCAGUGAUGGAUCUGGAUACAACAGCGACAUUCAAGGAUUGGCUUUUGUCACUUUCGACUCCACUUCUUCCCUGAUCAACGGCGCCACGUCAAGAAUCUUUGUCGGUGUAGCAGACAAGAAAACUGCUUCUGUCUACGUUACUACCGAUGCUGGUAAAACGUGGAAGCCAGUUGCUGGUCAGCCUAAGGAAUUUCUUCCUCACAAAUGCCAGUUCGAGGCGAAGGAAAAGGCACUUUAUCUGUCCUACAGCGAUGGAUCGGGACCUUAUGAUGGUAGCUCUGGUGCGGUCUACCGCUACGACAUUGCUGCAGACACAUGGAAGGACAUUACUCCACCUGGAAACAUCUACCAUGGCUUCGGCGGUUUGGCUCUUGACAAGAAGAAGCCUGGAACUCUUAUGGUCGCCGCGCUGAACUCCUGGUACCCCGACGUUCAAUUCUUCCGAUCCACAGACUCGGGCAAAACAUGGUCCACGAUUUGGAACUACAAUGCACAGGGUAAUCUCGACUACCACUACAGCAUCUCCACACCAAAGGCGCCUUGGAUCUACAAGAAUUUUAUCUCUGUCGACACCAAGCGCUUGGGAUGGAUGGUUGAGGCUUUGACUAUUGAUCCUUUUGAUAGCAACCACUGGCUGUAUGCUACUGGUCUUACAGUCUAUGGUGGGCAUGAUCUUACCAAGUGGGAUACUGAGCACAACGUCACCAUUGAGUCUUUGGCAGAUGGUAUUGAGGAAUUCGCUGUGCUGGAUGUCAAGUCUGCACCCGGCGGUAGUGAGCUUCUCGCCGGUGUAGGUGACGACAGUGGUUUCACUUUUGCUAACAAAGGUGUGCUGAACAAAGCACCUCAGUCAGCUUGGGAUAACCCCAUGUUCACAAGCUCGGUCAGCGUUGACUACGCUGGAAACAAGGUCGGCAACGUUGUGCGAGCGGGUAACACAGAGGGUGAAGCACCUCAAGCCGCCUUAUCUACAGACGGAGGUAAAUCAUGGAAGGCUCAUAGUGGUACUGCCACUGGUCAGGCUGGUGGCUCAGUUGCUUACUCUGCAGACGGAGACGUCGUUCUCUGGUCAACCGAGAAGAAGGGCGUGUUGAGAUCUGCGAAAGAAGCCUCCUUCUCCUCCGUGUCCAGCCUUCCUUCUGGAUCGAUCAUCGCCAGCGACAAGCGCGACAAUGACUUCUUCUACGGCGCCUCAGGAUCAACAUUCUACGUCUCCAACAACACGGCAUCAACCUUUUCCAAAGCCGGAUCCCUAGGCUCUGCACAAUCUAUUCGCGAUAUCGCAGCGCAUCCAACAAAGGCAGGAGAAGUCUGGGUUUCUACCGACGUCGGUAUUUUCCGCAGUACCAACUUUGGCGAAUCCUUCUCCAAGAUUGAGUCUUCCUUGACCAAGACGGAGCAGAUUGCUCUUGGUCGCGGUUCUGGAAGCACGUGGAACGUGUAUGCUUUCGGUACAGGAUCUGCUGGACGAAAGCUAUACGGUAGCUCUGAUAUGGCAAAGACGUGGACUGAUCUCCAAGGGUCUAUGGGCUUUGGAGCUGUUGAUGGUGCGAGGUUGGCUGGUAGUGGAAACGAAGCUGGAUUGGUGUAUGUUGGUACAAAUGGUCGUGGUGUAUUCUGGGCGCAAGGGGCGAUCUAA